CGGUCUUAGACCGCAUCGACCAUGUCUUCCGGUACCUCCGGUCCAGCGCCGGAUUCCGCCUCCACCAUGACCUCUGCCUCUGACAUCGAGCAAGCCCCGGAGGCUGUACAGAUGACAGAGGAGGAAGAACUCAAUGCCGCUCAGGACAAGGACUCCUCUGAUAGCGGGAAGCUAAAGACUCUCUUGGGGAUCCUCAAGAGGAUGGUGGGAGUCAAGGACAUGGCUGCAAUUCGGCUGUCUUUGCCUGCCAAUCUGCUGGAGCCAGUGCCAAAUCUGGAGUACUGGAACUAUCUAGAUCGAGGCGAUAUCUUUGCCAGUAUUGGCGAGCUCGACGACCCUCUCGACCGCAUGAUCCAGACACUUCGUUUCACAUUCACAAAGGAGCUCAAGUUCGUCCACGGAAAGGUCUGCAAGCCUUACAACUCCAUUCUCGGCGAACACUUCCGCUGUCAUUGGGACAUUCAGGGGAUGCAGCUCAAUGCUGAUGGCAACCUGAUCCCUGUACAGUGUGUCAAUGUGUCCAAUCCGACGCCUCUGCCUUUAGUCAACUCGGACCCUGCAAGUCUGAGGAGUCGCAAGUCAUCUCGGCCUGCCUCUGUGCGGGAUACCACGCCUACCCAUACCACGACGCCUAGCACGCCUGUGGCAGAGUCCUCCGCAAGUACUGCCACUCCUGACAAGGAAAAGAAGAAGAUGUCAGGUUUCAGCAAGCUUAUAUCCGCCACCAAAGGGCACAAGAGCUCAUCCUCAUCCACCCACAGCACCGGUACGGUAGCGUCAAACAUCGGCGGUGCUACAACAAGUAGCAAGAGCUCUGUAAAGUCGCCAGUGUUGUCUGCUACUGGCGCAGAGCAUGACAAGAAGCUCGCCAGCAACAUGGAUCGUCUUUCCAUCAGCUCAGCGAAAGGCUCGAAGGAGAACAAUGGGCAGCGAAGAAUCACAUUCAUUACCGAACAAGUUUCCCACCAUCCGCCAAUCUCUUCCUUCUUCGUAGAGUGCAAGGACUCGGGUGUCCAGCUCUGUGGUGUGGACCAGCUCUCAGCAAAGUUCACUGGCACGUCGAUUAGAGUAUACCCGGGAGAGGCGAAUAAGGGCAUUUUCGUCAAGCUCACAGAAGACGCACUCGUAGGGCCACAGGUGGCAGGAGAGGAAUAUCAAAUUACUCAUCCAACGGCUUCCCUCAACGGUCUAUUGCGAGGCGCGCUGUGGGUAGCUAUCUGCGAUACGCUCUUCAUCACUUGCAGGGGAGGUUCGCGGCAGAAUGACAAUGGCAAGCGGCUCAGAAGCAUCGUAGAGUACAAAGAGGAAUCCUGGCUUAGCAAAGCCAAGUACUUUCUGGAAGGUGUCAUCUACGAAUAUGACAUGUCGAAAGGGGAAGCUGCCGUCGAAGAGUUCAAGACCAUUAAAGAAGUGCCUUCGGAUCGAAUUGUAGGCACUUUUGAGGGCAGCUGGAAGGGCAAGAUCACAUGGAAGAGGAAAGGAGAGAAGGAGUCGCGACUUCUCGUCAAUCUGGAUGAGGUAGAGCCACUUCCGAAGACUGUUCGUCCUCUUGCUUCACAAGAUGAGAUGGAGUCUCGCAAGAUCUGGGAGACCGUCACUACAGCGAUCCUCACCAAAGACUUCGCGGGAGCGACGAGGCACAAGCAGCGAAUCGAGCAGGCGCAGCGAGAGAAGGCUGCUAAUCGAAAGAGGAACGGAGAAGAAUUCGUGCCGCGCUUCUUCGAAGUAGACAUCUCCAACGGGCGGCCGCGUCUCACCGCGGAGGGUCGAAGUGCCGUGGAUGCAGAGACGCAGUUGAUUGGCUACGGCAAAGGAGAGAAUGUAGCAGAGGAGGACAGGAGUCAGGCUGAGAAGGCUGCCAUGGGCAAGACCGGAGGUGCAGAGCCACGAACAGAGAAGGACAAUGAUGGUGGCGACGAGGAUGAUGAUGAUGAUGCGGACAGCUUUGCCAGUGCGGAAGGCGAAUUGACGGCGCGAUCCAAGGCGGGCGAUUCACACAACUGAUCGUAGCCAGGAGCUCCUACAUCUGUUGCUUUCGCCCUCCCACCCUCAAAGAUAGAGAGGGUCGCCGUCCAACGCUCGUUUUUCCCUGCUUCUCUACAUCCAUCGCUGGGAAUGCGCGAG